AUGUCUCUCUUUUGUAUUUUACUACUGCUGCUUGCACUGCUGCGUAAGUGUGCACACGCCCUUUUGUAUGUGUGUGUGUGUGUGUGUGUGUGUGUUCUGACGACUGCGCAGCUCUCUCUCACUGACUUACUGACUCGCUCUCUCUCUGUCUCUCUGUCUCUCUCUGCGCGCUGGGCUCAUUCACUGGCAGAUCCGGAUAGCAUCUCCUCUUCUUCUUCUUCUUCUUCUUCACAUCGGCUUUGUAUCUUGUAUGAGAGCCAGACGGGCUGCACGGAGCAGAUGGCCAAGCUGAUUGAGGAGGGCGCCAAGCAGAUUCCCAACACGGAGAUCCGCGUGCGCUCCGUCCACGACGCCUCAGCCCCCGAAGAUGUCAAGUGGGCCGAUGGCCUCGCCGUGGGCACGCCGACCAACCUCGGCGGCAUCUCAUGGCGCAUGAAAAAGUUCUGGGAUGACUGGGCCGCUGAGAACUGGGACAAGGUCGAUGGCAAGAUUUGCUGCACCUUCUCCAGCCAAGGCGGUCAUGGCGGUGGGGCCGAGAUUACCUGCAUGGCCAUGAACGCCGUGCUCAUGAACUUUGGCUUUAUGGUCUUUGGUGUCACCGACUACGUGGACAAGAUCCACACGCUCCACUACGGUGCCGUCGUGGCCAAGCAGCCUCGCAACCAGUAUGAUAAGGAUGCCUGCCGCCGCCUCGGCCUGCGCCUCGCCGAGUGGAUCGCCGUUUACUUUGAUGGCAAGAAGGAGCUCCACCCCCUGCUCACCACCAAAAAGCAGGACAAGGCCCACAGCAGCAGCGACAGCAAGAGCGGCGAUGCCGCCAAGACAGCUUCCAGCGAUAAGAACGAGGCCACCGAAGCCAAGGCGGCCGAGGCACCCAAGCCAGCCGCUCAAUCCACCUCCACCCCACGCCCUCACGUGCCCACUGCCGAGACACACCGGGACCAGCGCGUCCAACUCGUCGUCCGCGCUUCCGUGCCUUGGCGCAACCAAGUCCAGUGGAAGGCCAUGGUCAAGGAACUGGAACUGGCCAGCCGCGCCGAGCCCGGCUGCAUCAACUACGCCUUUGGUCAGAUCGAGGGCAGCGAAACUGAGUUUUUUGUCCUCGAAGAGUACAAGACGGUGGCCGAUCUGGAGCGCCACUCCAACAGUGAACAUUUUACCCGCCUGGUCCCAGCCAUGGGUCGCGUCAGCAGCACCCUCUCCGUGCAAAAGGUCUUCCCCCUGCACCCACAGCCCCUGGCUGCGCGGGGCUCGGUCGUGCCCGCCGUCCUUGGUGGCGUCGUGGCUGGUGCAGCCCUCGCCACCCUGGCCCAUCUCUGGCUAAACAAGAACUAGGAUG